CGCCAUAUAAAAUCCACAAAAGAAGAAGCUACUAUCUCGUCCUCUACAGUUUCUGUCUUGAAGCGGUCAACAAUGGUAACGUUACAACUAGUGGGGUCUCUCCGAAAAGAGCUCGCUGACUCCUUAUCCACUUGCCGGGUGCUGGUGGUCGGAGCUGGAGGAAUUGGCUGUGAGCUCUUGAAAAAUGUUGUUCUCACCGGUUUCAAAAAUAUAGAAGUGAUUGAUCUGGACAUUAUUGAUGUGAGCAACCUGAACAGACAGUUCCUGUUCCAGAAGAAACAUGUGGGAAAGUCCAAGGCUCAGGUGGCCAAAGAGAGUGUGCUGCAAUUCUGUCCUACUGCCAAUAUCACGGCCUACCAUGACAGCAUCAUGAAUCCAGAUUACAAUGUGGAAUUCUUCAGGAACUUCAUGCUUGUAAUGAAUGCCUUGGACAAUCGAGCGGCUCGUAACCAUGUGAACAGGAUGUGUCUUGCAGCUGACAUUCCCCUUAUUGAGAGUGGCACAGCUGGCUACCUUGGGCAGGUGACCGUUAUUAAGAAGGGUCUUACUGAGUGCUAUGAGUGCCAGCCCAAACCCACACAGAAAACGUUCCCUGGCUGCACCAUUCGCAACACCCCAUCUGAGCCCAUACAUUGCAUUGUGUGGGCCAAGUACCUUUUCAACCAGCUUUUUGGAGAGGAAGAUGCAGAUCAAGAGGUGUCCCCUGACACAGCUGACCCAGAGCUUUCAUGGAACCCUGCAGACACUGAAGCCCGAGCCACAGCAUCUGACCAGGAUGGAGACAUCAAACGUGUGUCCACUAAGGACUGGGCACGUUCUACUGGCUACGACCCAGUCAAACUCUUCAACAAGCUUUUUAAAGAUGACAUCCAGUACCUCCUGACCAUGGACAAGCUGUGGAAGAAGAGGAAAGCCCCACUGCCUCUGGAUUGGCUUGAGCAUCAGAAACUUACGUGUCCCCAGGGGGUGACUGGGACGGGAUUGAAGGACCAGCAGGUGUUGUGUGUGGCAGGCUACUGCCAGCUCUUCUCCCGCAGUGUGGAAACCCUGCACUCCAUGCUGGCUGACAAAGGGGAUGGAGCAGAGCUUGUGUGGGACAAGGAUGACCCUCCAGCGAUGGACUUUGUGACAGCAGCUGCCAACCUGCGCAUGUAUAUUUUCAGCAUGAAUAUGAAGAGCCGUUUUGACAUCAAGUCCAUGGCAGGGAACAUCAUUCCAGCGAUUGCCACGACCAAUGCAGUCAUUGCUGGCCUCAUAGUGCUGGAGGCACUGAAGAUUCUUUCAGGAGAUGUGGAGCAGUGUCGCACGAUCUUCCUGAACAAACAGCCCAACCCCAGGAAAAAGUUGCUGGUUCCGUGUGCUUUGGACCCACCCAGUGCCAACUGUUAUGUGUGCGCCAGCAAGCCAGAAGUCACAGUCAAACUGAAUGUGCACAAAACUCUUGUGCUGGCCCUACAAGACAAGAUAUUAAAGGAGAAGUUUGGGAUGGUGGCGCCAGAUGUGCAGAUCGAGGAUGGGAAAGGGACAAUCCUUAUCUCCUCUGAGGAGGGUGAAACAGAAGCAAACAACUGCAAGUUCCUGUCUGACUUCGCGAUUCGAAAUGGCAGCCGUCUGCAAGUGGAUGACUUUCUGCAGGAUUACACACUCCUGGUUAAUGUGAUUCACUGUGAAAACUUGGAGAAGGAUGUGGAAUUUGAGGUGGUGGGUGAUGCACCUGACAAGGCCCCAACCAUGUCACAUGAAGAGGGAAAGAACGUUGCCAAUGGCAACAAAGAAUCUUCAGAACCGUCCACCUCUUCCGAAGCUCCUGCUAAACAGAAUGACAUUCUGAUAGUUGAUUCAGACGAGGAGGCGCCGUCCUCCAGCACUAUGGCUGUCAGCAUGGAGUCAGGAGGCCACAAGAGGAAGCUCCAUGAUGCUGAGACAGGCGAGGCCUCAGCUAAGCGCCAACACCUGAGUCAACCCUCAGCUGAUGAUGAUAAUGACAUCAUUGCGCUGGACUAGCAUGUCUCUCAACACCCCCCCCCCACAUAGAAGAAGGGAACUAUUUUCAUGCGCCAUUCCUCUUUCCAAACAUUUGUAAAUAAUGUACAAAACUUACAUUUUCUGGUUAUUUGGGGUCAACAGAGUACUGUUUACAGUGGACAUUUUGAUACAUUGCAUCUAUUUGUGAUAAAAUAUUUUAAGAUUUAAAAAAAAAAAAAA